AUGUCUGACGAUGAGGGACCAGAGACGACGCCCGGCUACAAGAUCUCCAAGAAGGUCGACAUGGGCACCAUCCUCGAAAUGGAUAACGAAGACGAGUCUCUGAGGAAGUACAAGGAGGCCCUCCUCGGCAAGGCUGCCCUCUCUGGCGCCGUUGCUCCCUCGGAUGAUCCUCGCCGCGUGGUGAUCACGCGCAUGAAGGUCAUCUGUAAAGAACGACCCAACGGCGACAUUCUGUACGACUUCACGGAGAGGGGAUCGGAACAGAAGCUGAAGGACCAGCCCUUCACGCUCAAGGAGAAGUGCGAGUACAAAAUCGAGGUUGCCUUCAGGGUCCAGCACGAAAUUGUGGCCGGUCUGAAGUUCAUCAACUUGGUCUUCAGAAAGGGCGUACGAGUGGCCAAGGAGGAGGAGAUGUUGGGCUCGUUCCCCCCGCAGGGUGAGGCCCACGUCGUCGUGUUCCCUCGUCACGGCUGGGAGGAGGCCCCCAGUGGCAUGCUCGCCAGGGGCAACUACAAGGGCAAGCACAAGUUCGUCGACGACGACGGCCAGUGCCAUCUCGAGUACGAGUACACCUUCGCCAUCAAGAAGGAUUGGGAGUAA